CAGGGAGGGAGGGAGGGGGCCAUCUGAUGUGACCAUGGCUGCCGUCCCGGCUCCGCUCAUGCCCGCGGCUCAGCAGCUGGGGCCCCCGCCGGCGCCUGUCUCCACCUCGGCCGCUGCUGCAACCACCACCUCCUCCUCCUCCGCCUCCAGCGCUUCUUCUUCCUCCUCCUCCUCCGCUGCUCUUGCUCCGGCUGCUCCUCCUGCUCCUGCUGCUUCUUCCCCGCCGGCCAGCGCGCCCUCCGCGGGGACUGGCCUCUUCCGCCCGGAGCCCGUCGGAGUCCCAGCUGCUGCUGCCGCCGCCGCCUCUUCCUCCUCCUCCUCCGCCACUUCCAGCAACGGGCCCGCGGAGAGCAGCGUCCCAGUCGCGGCCCCCGCCCCACCCGGAGCCGCCCUCUCCGUGGCCAGCCCUGCCGUGCCGCCGCCGGGGAAGCCCGUCUACUCGACGCCGUCCCCGGUGGAGAACACCCCGCAGAACAACGAGUGCAAGAUGGUGGAGCUGCGGGGCGCCAAGGUGGCCUCCUUCACGGUGGAAGGCUGCGAGCUGAUCUGCCUGCCCCAGGCCUUCGACCUCUUCCUCAAGCACCUCGUGGGCGGCCUCCACACCGUCUACACCAAGCUCAAGCGCCUCGAGAUCACGCCCGUGGUCUGCAACGUAGAGCAGGUCCGCAUCCUCCGCGGGCUCGGCGCCAUCCAGCCCGGUGUCAACCGCUGCAAGCUCAUCUCCCGCAAGGACUUCGAGACCCUCUACAACGACUGCACCAACGCCAGUUCCAGACCUGGACGGCCUCCUAAGCGGACCCAAAGUGUCACCUCUCCAGAGAAUUCUCAUAUUAUGCCGCAUUCUGUCCCUGGUCUCAUGUCUCCUGGAAUCAUCCCACCAACAGGUUUGACAGCUGCUGCAGCAGCGGCAGCAGCUGCCACCAAUGCAGCCAUUGCAGAAGCAAUGAAGGUGAAAAAAAUUAAAUUAGAAGCUAUGUCGAACUAUCAUGCCAGUAAUAAUCAGCAUGGAGCAGAAUCUGAGAAUGGCGAUCUGAAUUCUAGUGUGGGAAGCAAUUAUGGUUCUUGGGAUAGAGAAAAACUCCAGUCUCCCCCAAGCCAAGCAUCGCAGGCUUCUGUUAACCACCCCAACUUGCCUGGACAGCAUAACCUUCCAGUUAACCAUCCUCUCAACCCUCUCCAACCGAAUCAUCUUCUGCCAAAUGGCCUGGAGCUCCCUUUUAUGAUGAUGCCUCACCCGCUUAUUCCUGUCAGCUUGCCACCAGCAUCUGUCACAAUGGCGAUGAGCCAGAUGAACCACCUUAGCACCAUCGCAAACAUGGCAGCCGCAGCACAAGUACAGAGUCCUCCCUCAAGAGUUGAGACGUCUGUUAUUAAGGAACGAGUUCCAGACAGCCCUUCCCCUGCUCCAUCCCUUGAAGAAGGUCGGCGGCCUGGAAGUCACCCGUCAUCGCAUCGUAGUAGCAGCGUGUCCAGUUCUCCUGCACGAACUGAAAGCUCUUCAGACAGAAUCCCCGUCCAUCAGAAUGGUUUAUCCAUGAACCAGAUGUUGAUGGGUUUAUCACCAAAUGUCCUACCUGGUCCAAAAGAAGGAGAUCUGGCCGGCCAUGACAGUGGACAUGAGUCAAAAAGAAUGCACAUGGAGAAAGGACUUCGACCAUCUGAAAGAACCCUGUGGUUGAGAACUCUGUACAAAUGCAAUAGUGGUGAAGAAGCAUUAUUUCAUCAAAGAAUGGUCACUUCCAAGGAAAUGGCUUUCAAAUCCAGCCUGAUGAGGAAACUGAGAUUACUACAAGAUGAGACCUCACUCUCCACACCAACCGCAAGAGACAGCCUUGACAAACUUUCGCUAACCGGGCAUGGGCAGCCGCUACCUCCAGGUUUUCCUUCUCCCUUUCUGUUUCCUGAUGGAUUGUCCUCCAUAGAAACCCUUCUGACUAAUAUCCAGGGCCUAUUGAAGGUCGCCAUAGACAAUGCUCGAGCUCAAGAAAAGCAGGUCCAGCUGGAAAAAACAGAACUCAAAAUGGAGCUGUUCAGGGAACGAGAACUGAGGGAAACACUUGAAAAACAGUUGGCCGUGGAACAGAAGAACAGAGCAAUAAUUCAGAAAAGGUUAAAGAAGGAAAAGAAAGCCAAGAGGAAAUUGCAAGAAGCACUUGAAUUUGAGACAAAGCGGCGAGAACAAGCAGAACAGACACUGAAACAGGCAGCUUCCACAGAUAAUCUCAGGGUCCUAAAUGACUCUCUGACCCCAGAGAUAGAAGCUGACCGCAGUGGGGGCAGAACAGAUGCUGAAAGGACAAUACAAGAAGUGGCUGGAAUGCAGUGCUUUAGAAAUGCAGGUUCAAUGAUUAUGGAAGACUUUAUUUGAAAACUACUGUCAUGUACUGAACUUAUUCCACUGAAGUUGUGUAUGCUAUGAUUCCAAGAACUCUGCAGUAAGACAUUCACCAUUUUGAAAGUUCUGCAAAUACAAAGGUGCUUUUUGGGCAACUUGGCCACUUCAUGUAUCCAUGUGCAAAGGGUUCUGAGCUUUUCUUCAAGAGCAUUCUCCAUUGGUUUCCUGGGACGUCUCCUUGUGUUACAGAGAAAGGUUCUACAACUUAUGUAGCCCUCUUCUGGACAGCUCGCUAAAAAAUUAGCUGUUGGACACCUCCUUGUACAGACAGGCCAGAGCAAGACUUUGCAUUGCCUUUGCAAUGGGAUAAAAACUGUGUCUUCUGAUUCACUGAGCACAUCAAGCAAAACUUCCACAGUGUCCACUUCUGUACCUAAAGAUUAUUACGCCAUAUAUAAACCAGCAAGACAGUAGAGAGGUGCAUAUUUCAAAGAGGGGCAUGAGAGUCCUACAAACACAGAAUAGGAACAUACAAAAUGUACACAGGGUUUCCCCCCCUUCAAAUUCUAAGAGAGAAUCUUGUUUCUCUUAAAUAUAUGUUUUCUCCACUUAAUUUCUAAGAGACCAACACAGUAGUAUGUUACAGAAAUCAAACUUUUUGUCUUGGACCUAGCGGGGGCAGGAGUUACACUGUGUAAAUAUGCUUCUGUGAUGUUUUUGGUCACAAUAUCCUCUCUCUCAAAGUCAAUUUUAAAAAGCUUCAAGAUCUGUCAUAACUUUUAUUGUAAAUUGGCAGUAGUUUGGGAAACAGGGAAUGACAACAAGAUGUUGUUUCUUACUGAAACUGUUGGUCAGAUGUACAGUAUAUAACCACAAACCACACCCAGAAGGUAUUAUGUAUGCAGUAGAAUACUAGAUUUUAGGAAAACAACAAUUUUAGAUAAUACGUUUUGUCACCCUGUUGGUCUGAACGACACCUUUCUAAUUUUAACGCAUGCAGGCAUGUAAAUAUUUGUCCUGAAGUCACAGUAUUAACAAACGGGAUCGGAGGCGUCUGGGAAUGACUGGGGCCACUUUUAUUUGUAUAUCGGUCGGUGCUGUGAAAUGGCACUUUUAAGAGUGAAAUGUGGCUCAUGAGGAAGUCAUCCCGCCAGAAAUAUUUUUAUAUAUUAAUGUCAUAUAACUUCAACGUUGCUGGGAAGGAGAAAACACUCCCAGAGGCUAAUCAGACACUUGAUGUUAUCGAUCCAAUACCACGUAGAGCUAAGUGAUACAGUUGAAGUCUUUUGUCCUUCCAACCUACCUUGUCUUGGGCAAGGCUGGUUACGUGUUAUUUUUAUUGUCUUUAUAAAUGCUAUGAUAUCUGUUCUCCACCUUUGUGCUUAUAAUGGAAGCAAGCUGCAACACAGUGCUUACUACAUUUUAAAUUAUCUUCUUUGCUCUGCAUAUUUCCCCAAGUUAUCCCUUUAAAGACCACUUUGAAGA